UCCGACCAGCAGUUUUCUCUCUUCUCCUUCUCUCUCGCUUCCUUGUCCUUCCAAACCCUACUCUCUCUUUCUCUCUCAGUUUCUAGUUCACCAACCUCGAGAAAAUCGAGAGCUCCGCGGCUCCGAUUCAUUUUGCAGAGACCGAGGGAUUCGAGGUCGGAGAUUUCCCGACGGUGAGUUUGAAUUCGGAAUUGGUGCGGAAGCUGGAGUCGGCGCUUGGGGUUUCGCUGGGAGGCUCGGUGACGGACAUGGCGGUGGUGAUAGCAACGACUUCAAUUGAGUUGAUAAUUGGGUUUUUGGUGGUGCUGUGGCGGAGAUCGUCUGAUAAGACUAGUCAGGUGGUGAAGCAGCUGGCGGUGCCGCUUAAGGAGGAGGAAGAUGAGUUUGAGGUUGCGUUGGGCAAGACUAGGGUGACUAUUUUCUCUGGGACUCAGACCGGCACCGCUGAAGGUUUUUGAAUUUGUGGUGGUUUUGUUUCCGUUGAGAAUGUUCCAGUGGGUUUUGUUAUGGGGUGGUUUUGCUCAUAUGUUCAGUUUCUUAGUUUCUUUUUAUCAGCUCUCAUUUUUGGUGAAAGUAACUUAUUGGGUAGUAAUUUGGAUGUGGGUGGCUGCUUUCCUCGUGAUUAAAGAUUGCUUCUGCUCAGCAAAGAUCAAAACUUUUUUUUUAUUUUUUGAAUGGACAAAGAUUAAAACUUUACCUUAAUGGAGUUGGUGGGUGUUCUUUUGUACUAGUUGGUGCGGCAAAGUUUCGUUUUUGAUAGAUUCAGGGAUACAAUUGUUCCUUGUUUUUGUGUGGAAAUGAUAUGUGAAUUGUUCUGUAUGGUUUUUCGAUCAUUGGGAUACCUUUUUUGAUUGAAAUGGAUCAUAUAUUGAAAUGGGUUGAAAAAGAAAGAAACUUGAUGAAUGAAAAGGAGUGUAGGUGCAUAGAUAUGAUCUCAUUCCUUUGGUAGGUUCAGUUUACUUUUUUCCUUUAUAAGAGUUCUGUGAUGGGGAUUUUGUUCACAACAGGGUUCUGAUUCCUAGUUGAAACUGCUGAUAUAAUUUUACACCCAUUCUUGUAAACCUACAGAAGGAGCAAUGACAACUUGUAUACCAGCUGGAACUGGUAAACUGCAUUUCAGAGUAAGGGACUUCAACGCACAAGGCUGUAGAAAGGCUUCUUGGGUCACAUUUAGUGAGCUUUCAUGGUUUGGAGGGAGAAGAACGUUAUAAAGUCAACACCAGGAAAGAGACGUUGUAACUGUAGAAAUGAGGUCUAUCACAGGCAAAUCGGUCUGAGAAUGUUCCAACAGAUGACGGAACAGGUCUGCGAACAAUGUAACAAUGUUAAAUAUGAAAGGGAGGGAUAUUUCAUCACUGUUGAUAUUGAGAAAGGGAUGCAAGAUGGACAAGAGGUGGUUUUCUAUGAGGAUGGUGAACCCAUAAUUGAUGGAGAACCUGGAGAUUUAAAAGUCGUGUGGGGUUUCAAAGUUCUUGCAAAUUUAGAGAUGUAACUCCUCCCAAUCUCCAAUUAAUGAGAGCUCAAAGCCCUUAAGAACCAUCACUUCAUCAAGUUUGCGAGAUGGUUCCACUAAAUUCUUCUAUUUUACUGUUAUUGGUAGUGGAGUUGUUGGCCUCCGCUAUGCCCUGGAAGUGGCAAAACAUGGAUCUGUUGCUGUCAUUACCAAGGCUGAGCCUCAUGAAAGUAAUACAAAUUAUGCUCAAGGUGGUGUUGGUGCUGUACUGUGCCCUUCGGAUUCUGUGGAGAGUCAUGUCCAGGACACCAUUGUAGCAGGAGCUUAUCUAUGUGAUGAGGAGACUGUCAGAGUAUGUUAUAGAACCAAUUGUAAACAGGAUUGGUGGAUCUGGUAUGGAUCUCAGAAGCAAAGCAAGGGUAAAUAACAUUUCUGCAGUUUAUCUUGGUUACUUUAUUGUGGUUUGAUUAAUUGAUUGAGUGAAUAAUAUUUUUUUUUGGGUGUGUGAAGACUCUGCCAGGACCUGUUAGGAGAGGCAACAAUAUCUUGGUACUGGAUGCAAAGCCUCUUUUGAAGGAGGCCCUUCAAGCCGAGGGUAAACAAAAGGAUGUACUUAAAGCUGCCGGUGCAUUGUUUUCACAUAUUUGUGAGGUUUAGGCAAGGUUAAUGUGCAUCACAUUUAUGGACAAGUAUUGUGGGGGUUAAUGUUGGGAUAGAAUGACUUUGUUGGAUAUAUGGAUGAAUGUAUCGAAUCUUUACAUAAAUAAAUGUGUUUUGGGUUGUCAUUUGGAUCCCAU